GGAGGACAAAAUUAAAAUGCACUUACAUCCCUUUCUUAUGUUCUAUACACAUAUAUAGAUCAAUCUCAUAAAUGGAUUAUGUAAAGAAGAGAACGCAAAGCUAACACUGGAGACUCCUUCCAUAAAAGUUAAUGUCUCCUUAUUUAUAUCAACCUAUCAAUGAUUAUAUGUUUCUUUGCUAAAUAUAAACAUAUUUUUAGGGAUUUUAUUUUAUCAAUUUAUUAUUAGGUUUAACUUACAUACACUCAUAAAGGACAAUCUAAAGUAGUUGAUGUUUUUAUUGGCAUCAUCAGAAUCGAGAAUUCAGCAGCGCUGUUUUAUAAAUACAAAUAUAUUAGCUAAUUUCAUAUGAACUGUAAUAAUGAUAUUAGCCUGGUCUAUGUAAGUAAUAAUGCACUUCAGACUGUGCUGUUAUACAAAAAUAAUCUACUCUGAAGCUGUGCAAUGCUCUGAAGUGGAGUGUGUUAUUCUGCUUAUACCACAGAAAUUUCCGAUUGCAAUUUCAUUUGAAUGUUUAAUUCUAAACAGUUUAAUGUUAUGGAACGUCUGUGAGAGAGGUUCAUUCCUGUUAUUGAUUGUUAUAGCGGUUAUAAACGGUAAUUCCCUCACUAGCGAGCUUAAAGUUAAUUAGACAAAAAAACAGUCUGAAAUUUGUCCUGUUACCUAGAAAUUAGAAUGUACAAACUCAUUGGUAAACAACACAUAUUUUAAUCUGUUUAUUAUUAGGAUUAGAUUAUGUGCAGCAUCCCAUUGUAUGCCCCUGUGUAUGAGCUGUUAUUAUAGAAACAAUAACUUAUUCGAACAAAGACAUUAAUAUAAAGCUAUAAUUUAUGUCACAGCCAGAACUAUUGUCAAAGCAGUGCUCCAUCCAUCCAUUUUCCAUACUGCUUAUCCUACACAGGGAGCCUAGAGCUUAUCCCAGGGAACUCUGGGCACAGUGCAGGGCACACCCUGGACAGGGUGCCCACCCAUUGUAGGGCACAAUCACACAUUCACACUCUAUGGACAAUGUAGAGAUGCCAGUCGGCGUACAACGCAUGUCUUUGGACUGGGGAAGGAAACUGGAGAACCCAGGAGCACGGGGAGAACAUGCAAACUCCGCGCACACACAGGGCUAAGGUGGGAAUCGAAGUCCCAACCCCGGAGGUGUGAGGCAAACAUGCUAACCACAAAGCCACUGUGCUCCCCGAUACAGUAUACUGUAUAGCGUUUAAUUCAACACCUUCUGACCAGUCUCAAUUGAGAAUUCAACCACACUGUUGGUAAAUAUAAAUAAAAUAGAUAGCUGCAUAUUAGUUGUAAUAGUGCUAUCUUCAGCUGUAUGUUUUUGACCUGUAUUUUACCAUAAAUGGACUUUGUAGACUUUCAGGUUAUAAGUGUUGACCAAAACACGGAGUAUGUGAUUUCUUUAUGUGGAAAGCAAAGAGAACAUGCCCAUCAGAGUUUGCGGGCAAUGUUCGUCAACAAUGCGUAUGUAUUUUUGUCGCUAUUGCUAGCGCUCCUUCCGAAUUCAAUUAUUAAUGUAAUUAUGCAACUACCAAAUACCAUAGGAAAACUUUAACCGUAGGUAGUGCCUAUCAUUAUUAUAUAACAUUUGCACCAGGACCUCACAAAAAGCACCCAAUUGUACAAGGGUAGAGGGAUAAAAAUGGACUUUGUUGUGGCUUGUGGCCAUACACGACAUUGUACUCAGAAGAAGAGAGAUUUAAUUAACCUUGCUUUCACUCUCACGCCAUAGUGUACUUUUAUGAUGUUUAGCUAAGACACACGUUUGUAUUUUUUUUUAAUGUACAAUGCUAUUUAUAAUGCAGGGUGGAUUAUGCAAAGAAUUUAGUCUUCUAUUUCUUUGUUCUGGCUCAGUGGCUGUGUAGAGAACCUAGUGGCACUCUUCCUCUUUUUCACCAUCAGUAAGGCAAAUCUGCUCAAGUUUCAGUUCCACAUCUAAAGGGUCUAGUGGCAGUUUAUUGCUGUCUCUCACAUUGUGCACUGUUUUUAAAUUCAACUUCUGACUCCUUAUAUUUUGUGUUUCUUUUUCUAUGCUGAACCAAAUAUUCUUUUACCUACAGAGUUGUAAAAUGAUAUUUCAUGACCAUUUUAGCACAGUAAACUUCAUAUUUUUUGGCUCUGCCUCCUCAGUGUAGUACUAUGUAUAUUUUAGGGGUAUUGUCACACUGUCACAGCUACCCCUGAUUAAAGCAAGAACUAUUCUGUGUAUUUGUGCUUUGGUUUUUAUCAUGUAAGAUACUUUGAAAUCAUUGAGGUACAUUUUAUUACUACUGUAAUUUUCCUGUUCUCUCUCUUUUUUUUUUCUUUUUUUUUUUAAAUAAAUGAUUUCAACAAUUGCUAAAAUUUUCAAUGACUGAUGUAUUUACAAAGAAUGGGUGUGAAACAGAGAGAGCAGUAGAAAUCAUUUAUGAGAAGAAGAAAGAUGGAACAGUGGGCAGGGAAAAUAAGAAUGGGUGGGAGUGAACGAAGAAAUGCGACAGUAUCAAAGUGUCAACAGAUGUUAGGAGGCCAUUUUAUUGCACCUGCUUGCUCAACUUCAUAGACGAUGGAGGCAAGAUUUGUGUUCUUGUUUUGUUUCUUGGCAGCUGCUGCCAAUGCUGCCACUUCUCCCAAAAUACAACCGGGAUUUGACGUUCCCAGCUUACGUCUCGCCAUCUCGCAGACAGCAAGUAUGAGUUGCUGUUAUACUGGCAUUGCGGAUGUGAAGAAUCAUUGGAUUCAGAUUGUUAUGACUUCCAGGAACACCACUAAACAUACUUUUAUGAAUCAGACAAAUGUUCGAGUGGAACUUGACCAAAGGGAUACAGACAAUCAGCACUGUAAAAUACUGAUACUAAAAGACAUUGUGCUGAAUGACACAGGUCUGUAUCAAUGCAUUCUAACAGAAUCAGGCAACAAGGUCACUACACCGGGCACCUUUUUACAAGUAUACGUGCCCAUACACAUGAUCCUGAACAUCAAUGAGAGGAGUAAGAACAGCAUCAUCACUGCUGAAGGUGUUCUGCUGCUGCUGCUUGUGCUGCUUCCUGGCACCAUGCUCAUCUGCAAGUCAAAGGGAUUAAAUAAGCUGGAGAAAAGAAUGGGCAGAGAGGAAGAAAAUAUUUAUGAGGGUCUAAAUCUGGAUGACUGCAAUUCAACAUAUCAUCAAAUUCAGCGCUCUCUCGUCCAAGGACCGUACCAGGAUGUGAUCAACAAUGACGAAGAUGACAUUCAGCUGGAGAAGCCCUGAAUAGGUGGUUGUGAGGAGUCAGGACCAAUCCAAUACAAACUCAUAGUGUCGUGCUGUUGCUAUGUUUGCUUUUCUGUUGGUAUAAAUUAGGGGUGUAACCAAAUAUGAAUUCGUUAUUCAGAUUGAACAGAUAAUGCAUCCUAAAUGAAUACAGAUACAAACCACAGGUGGAUUAUUCACUUUUUUAAGAAAGCUUGGCAACUUCAGGGACUGAGAUUGAGAUUUUUACUUUAAAGUGCACCUAUUAUGGUUUUUCAAAUAUUAGAUUUCAUGUAGUGUGUUAUAGAGCUGUUUGUGAAUGUAAAAACGUCUGCAAAGUUUCAAAAAUCUAAACGCAGGACAAACGGAGUUAUUGACUCCCAAAAGAAGGAACCGAUUCUGAACAGCUUAAACGAGUUGUUUGUAAUUCCAGACUUACUUCCUGUACUAACCUACAUAGUUUUGUAACAAAAAAACCCGCCUCUGGUUUUCAUUGGCUGCUCGCGAACAGACGGAGCUGAAACUCGUUAUGGUAGUGGGUGUUUCCUUUUCAACACAUGCUGACAGUGGUAGACCAAUCACAACAGACUGGGUCAUCUGACCAAUCAGAGCAGAGUAUGCUCUCUGAAAGGAGGAGUUUAGAACGGAUCAUAGAACGAGUCAUUUGUGACACUGGGGAAAAGGUAAUGCUGCAGUUUAAAUUAUGAGCACAUUAAAGUUUUUUGACCUUGGAUGCAUGUAAAUCUAUUGUAUGAGACCUUUAAAACAAGAUUAGGCACGUAUCAAAACCAUAAUAGGUGCUCUUUAAUGUUGAGUUUUAAAGAACAGAUUGUUGAAGUUCUUGGAGAGGGUUGCCAGGUUUUCUGCAAAAUUCCCAACUCAAAUACCACACAAAUAGACUUGAAACUUUGGGGGGGAGUGACAAGUUAACAGUGGUACACUUUUCUGAUCUGCAGUAUAUAUCUGCAAUAUGUAGAUAUUAUACAUUGAACCUGGCAAAACUGCUCACAAAAUUUUUUUUUUAAAUAAAAAAAUAAAUUAAAAAACGAGCAAGUUCACUUACAUUAUACUAAUGAGAGAUGAACUACUCCGUUUUACCUUGACUGCCUUACUGAGCUCCAAAAUAAACCUACAUUUCUACCAUAUUAUUGUGCAAACAAAAGAAAUACUAUGCUUUCAUAUAUUCAGUCACCGCUCCAAAUAGCUCACUCAGACUGUGCGCUGUGGACAGCGUAGGAUAUUGCUGUGAGGCUCUCCACAAAAAUAAUCAUUUAAUUCAUUUUAACAAAAUUUUUAAUCUUGCACGUUCAUUGCAUUUGUUUUUCAUUAUUCUUAAAUGAAUGUUCUCCAAUGUAAUUAAAAGAAAAUCAUACAGGCAUUAUAAUGAAAUGCUGUUUAAAUGACUCCAUUUUGACUUGCAGCAGCACUGUAAUUGUGUCCCAUUUUUACAAUACAUUCUUUCUGGAGUGUAACAAACCCAAAAACUAAAUUAAAUCUGGUCAAAUAUUAUUAGAUAGCUGUUGUUGUCAACUGCAGAUUAAAUAACAGUUUGUUGAUUUGGGGAAGAAGUUGUUGUUAUUGUGAAACAUCGUUAGCUUGCAAACUCGGUCACAUUAGAUAAGAUAGAAAACUUGCCAGAAAGUUCCACGGACAUCUUGGUGAGGAAUUGAAUUGAAUAAAGUUAGGUUCUGCAAAUGAUUCAGUGUUUGAUCCAGUGUUUCUGUGGUAUAGUGGUAGGAUUAACAUAAAAACAGACUACUCUCAAUUUCCGGUUUAAAUCUGUAUAGAAAAGCAGAAAUUAAUAUUUUGAGCACUAAACAGAUACAGAUAUAUACAGAUAAUAGCACUAGUUAGUAUAAAUUCAUAAAUAUUAACUCGAAGUAGAAAAAAACCUGAUUGCUAAAUUAACCAUAUUUUAUUACUAUGUCUUCAUAGCUUUGGUAUAAGGAAUAAAAAUCAUACCUAACACUGAGUUAAAGUUUAGUACUAUAAAACUGAUAAACAUUUAAAAUAGAAAGUGACUCAUCAUGCUUUUGAUUUAACAGGCAUUAAAUUGACUGUCUUUUUUUUAGGUAAUCAAAAGAUAUAGUAAAAAGAUAUGGGAUUAGGUAUGCGAUUAUGGAUCGGUUGACUGAAACUUCCAUGCAGGGGUUUAGAAUUAUAAAUUACUGUGAAGGAGAAAGUGCAGCAAAGCUGUGUGGUUCUGCAGCAGUUAUGCUAUUAGCUAUAGUAGAAAAUAUGUAUUUGUAUUCAACAGUUAGUUCCAGUCCAGCCGUCUUGAUAUUCAGAUAUUGCUUAGCUCCAUUGUGUUUAUGUGUAAUGCUUUUAAUAAAGAUUAUUUUACAAAA